CCCUCUUUGGUGGUGGACAACGAAGCGGACCGUUCAAAUUUUGCCUAUUACAUUUCCACCCAAAAAGCUUUCCGCCGAGUCUUAUGAAAUUUUUUACGACUAACAGAAACUAUUCGACCAAAGUCACGAGCUAAGAACAAAUAAACCUGUUAGCCAUAAAAAAAAGAACAUUUAAAAUUUUCGUACAACAGGUGGAUUCGAAUAUCGAAUAUUGUUUGUUUAAAAAAAAAAAAAAAAAAAAUAAGUCAGUUUGGAUAACGAUAAUCGGAAGAAAAGAAAAUACAGUUUCGUGCUUGAAUUACUAAAAUGUGAACACCAAUUAUAAUUGGUUACAGUUUCUAGCCGCUAAUUAAAUCCAGCUGAUAAUCAACGUCCAUGAUAAACUGGGAAUUAAUAAACGCGUAAACCUAGAGGUAUUACAGGGUGAACCGGAUCAGCUUCGCCAGGUUAUUAGAAAAAAAAAAAAAAAAAAACGCCUCUGGUGCAUCGUCAGAAUUAAAUCGGAUCAAUUUCAAAUUCUGAUUCAAUUACGCACGAAACUUUGAGAUCUCAAAUUUGGGGUCAGUAACUUCAUCUGUUCCCGAUUAGUCGUACCACAAGUACACGAAAGGCAUAUUUUUAUAAGUUAAAAAAAGGCAAUCGCUACCCUUCCAGACGUGACUCGUUACGCGAGUGUACGUCGAUGUUGAUCGGAGAAUUCCUCUCGUUAUUUUCGAUUGCCCAAUCGUUAAAAAAGCAAUCAGUUGACCCAGCAGCCGAAACCAGAUUGCCGUCGAAUUGAUUAGCGGUAAAAUAACAAAUUUUUUUUCGCGGCGUAAUCGAGAGGGAAAAAAAAAAAAACGUAAAAAUAGAGGAAGAAUACGAAUAAAAAAGAGUCCAGAACCGUCCCGGAAUUCGGUUGGGUAAACUGAAGAGGAAAAAGAAGAGGAAAACGAAACGCCGCGUUUACCUACACCUCGACUCCGAACUUCGCUCACUCAGCUAGUCGUUGAACUUUGAUAAAAAUCUAUCGAGAGAGACCGUUUCCUGCCGUGUCAUUGGAGAACGAGAACGUGAAUUGUGCAGCGGUGCACAAGGUCACGGCGAGAGUUCACCGAGUGGAAAAAAAAAAUAAAAUAAAAGUAAAAAAAGAAGCGAGGACAAACGAGUAAAUAGAAAAAAAUCAACGAGGUUCCUAACUCAAGAUGUAACGAUGUAACCGUACCCAAGGCAUGGACAAGAUCUUUGCGAAGCUGAGCAACGAAUAGCUCCGUCAUGUUCAGAACGUUGUCGCUGGGAUGUCCGGGGGGUUCCGGUACCAUCGGAAGUUCGUCACGAGUCCGAAGAUCCAGUCCGGAGGUAUCGGCAAAUUUAACGACAACCACGAUCUUCAGAAACUGGACGUACGAUCCGAUCGAAGAUCAGUUCGAAUCCGAGUUUCAGGAGGAUACCGAGGACGCUUGUAAUCCGCUCUAUUUUCUACUGGAAAUAUUUCACCAGUACUACAUUCCGUUGAUAAUUUUAAUCGGCUUAGUCGGUAAUCUCCUGUCGUGUAUCGUCUUCCUGAAUACCCAUCUGAAAAUGCGAAGUUCCAGCUAUUAUCUCGCGGCUCUCGCCUCAGCGGAUUUUGGUUUUUUGGUAGCGCUUCUGUUGGUUUGGUUGAACAACACGGUCGGUUGGCAAGUAUUUAACAAAGCCGGUUGGUGCGAAACGCUCGUAUACGUGAGCGCCGUUUGCAGUUCGUUGAGCGUUUGGUUGAUCGUUGCAUUUACCGUAGAAAGAUUCAUAGCCGUUCAAUACCCCCUGCACAGACCCCAUAUGUGCACAAUCGCCAGAGCGAAAACGAUAGUUCUGGUACUCGUGGUACUCGCUCUCGCGAGUCAUUCGUACGCUUUCGUCACCGCCGGUGUUAUGAAGAACCAAGAUGGCUCAGAGGUCUGCGAACUGAGGAUGGAGUACCUGGAAACCAUGAGGAUCAUCAGCAUCGUCGACAGCAUAGCGAGUCUCAUAGCGCCUCUGGUACUCAUCAUCGUGAUGAACACCAUGAUCACCAGAAAUUUACUCAGAUUUAGCAGGAGAUUCAAACAGGGACCCGGAGUCUCUACGCACUGUCCUAGCAGAGAAAGAUCGGACAUAAACCUCAACCAGAUACCGAGCGCGAGUAGCAGCAACAAUGGAGGAGUUGGUUUAACUUUGGGUCCCGGCGUCGGAGGUCGUCGACAACCCUCUCAGCAGUCGUUUCAGUCGUCAAAAAGUAAUCAUUCCCAUCACUCCAGACACCAGCCCCAGGCCAUGUCGGCAACCACAAACCCCCGAUGCACUUACGGAGACGGAAGUUCGUCUUCGAGAAAUCCAGCCUCACCUCGGAAUCAGCAAAGUAUUACAAAAAUGCUUCUUUUAAUCAGCACAGUUUUCAUUCUCCUUAAUUUACCCAGCUACGUGAUACGUCUCUGCGUAUUUUUCUUCACUCUCGCACGCCAAGAAACCCCUGCCCUACUUUGGUGUAUACAACAAUUUUUCAUGCUGUUAUACUACACAAAUUUUAGCAUUAACUUUGCGCUGUACGCGAUGUGCGGUAUAACUUUCAGACGUUGUUUGAGGCAGCUUUUGUGCAAAGUACAAAAAAGCUUGACGAGGUAUCACUGCAACCCUCAACGUUACAUAUAGCGAGCGUAUCAACAAGUUCGAACGGUUAGAAGAAGCAGAGAUAGCAUGGUCAUGACCGUCGUUAGAUAAAUCGUGAAUUGUUACCCACCUACUGCACGCGUAGACGAGUAAUAAACCGAAUCAACGAUGACGACGUAAAACUAGAUAAUGGAAAUUGUACACAUUUGUUUAUAAAAAAAAUAAAAAGAGAAAAAAAAAAAAAAGAAAAAAGAACAAACAUUUCACCAUGACUUUAAAAUACGAACGAGUGCGGUGAGCAUUUUUGUAUGAUAAAUCUAGCCGUCUAAAAUUCAGGUCGAAUAUUUAUAGAAUAUUAUUUCGCUCCGCAUAUUUAUACAGAGAGAAAGAAGAAGAAAGAGGUAGUUAAUUAACGAUAGUAAUAACGAAGCAGAACGUAAAUCAUGUCAAAUAAAAAUGCAGCGAAGAAUCGAUGGUUAGCCAAUAAUGAAGGAAAAAUAGAAAAAAAGCGCCCUACUUGUCAGUGCCAGUUGUAAAAGCUUGCCAUAAGUUUAUGUCUCUCGCAAGAAGGUGAAUAGAGUGUUCAGCAGACGCAAAUUGGAAGCCUAAGGUUCAUGGGGUGUUCGUCGAGCUGGGCUAUAAAAUAUUUCUCAUACAAAGUGGCCGAAGAAGAAAUAGCCGAAUUUCGAAGUGUGAAUAAAAUAUGGACGCAGGUUUUAACCCACAUUCCAUGAUUCUCAAAUUUUGUAAAUUAUUCCAAAUUGCAUUUAAAAUGAUGAGAGGAGCUUUUAUUCACUUCGUAAAUCAAUCCAUUUUAUGCAUUUGUUCAUUUAUUUCUUGGGUUUUUUUGGCUACCCUGUACAUGUCGUACAGCUGUUGUAAGAUUGACCAGCACAGCGAUGUCGGGAUAUAAUAUCAACUUUGAAAAAUAUUUUUAUCAGCUUAGUCCUGAUACCGACGUUAACUUUUUAAGUACCCAUUUUGGUAACGUGGUAAAGCCAGCGAGUACUUUGUUUAAAAUAUACAUAACACACCCCCGAUAUCAGAUUUAGCUUUCACUUCGAUAAAAUUAACGAACAUCUGACUCGAUUGAAAAAACUUUUUUCUCCCGCAAGAUAGUUGCAACAACGAAAUGAAAGGACGAAAAUUUUUGCACGUUUCUUAUUUCCACACAUUUAAACCACUUCGUACCACGAUUGAUAUUUCAAUUUAACGAACUUCCACUAUCGAUAAAUGAAACGAUAAAAAUGAUAGUAAAAUAAAAUUACGAAGACGAAGGUCAAGGGUGGGGAAUGAAAAGGACAAUGAUUAGACGCAAAUUGAUAGCUAGAGCACUAGCUCUCCUUACUGUGAUAGAAGACGAUUAAGUUUUCCGCGUGUUCAUACGAUCGUAAUCUGCGGUAUUAAUAACGGCCACUCCCAGGCGGAUAUCAAAAUCGCUAUAAUAAUACGCCCAUUUCCUAGCACUGCAAAACUGGUUAUUAAAUGUACCCAUAAGUUACGAGACUCCGAUCGUUUAGUUCCAUGUAAUUAAUUAUUCUAUACGGGGAAUGAAAAUAACAAACGCAGUAAAAGUUCAGAGUGCACAAUAAAUUUGUUCACAUAAUAGGGUGACUUCGUGUACAUUCGUGCGGUGUACCGUAACUGUUAACCGCGACGAAGUUGAUUUUUGACUCAUAAAUUAGAAGAGAAAACCAAAGAUAAAUAGAUUCCGUAACCCGACAUUCUGUGCAAACGAAAUGAUCAGUUCCGAAUGACUUACUUUUUAAUUUUUCAAUUCAUCUUGUAUUACGUAGGAUUUUUAAAUGCGAGCGAUGUAUAUUCUAAAAAUUCUUCACACCGUGAUUCAACAAAGAUGGCAGCAUUUCGCACGUGUCUCUAAUGUAUAAUAAUUAUCAAAAAUUUUACGUAAUAUAAAUGUAUAGUGUAUCUUCAAAUGUGUAACGCAGCUGUAAAUGUGUAAAUAUCUAUAAAAAACAAAUAUAAAGAAAAGCCAAAAAAAAAAAAACCGUGCUGAAAUUAAUCAAUGAGGUACAAGAUUUUGUAUCCCAUAUAAUCCACGUAUAAACUAAA